AUGUCCCUCACCCAAGCCCAUCCUGUUGUCGAUGUUAUUUGGUGGACGGAUUCCGAUCUUUACGUCAAAUGCCCCUAUUGCGAGGAACUCCAUCGCCAUGGGUUUACCUCAUACGAAAGUGCCCUGCGUGUACCACAUUGUGGCUUACCUCGACCUUCAUAUCGGUACAAAUUUCCUGUUGCCUAUGAGAUUGAUAAAACUCGAGCACGGUAUAUCAAUAUCAACGCUCUUGAAGAAUUCGCCAGUGAGGCCCAGUAUGAUUCGGAAAAUGAGACAUUUUUGUCUGAUCAAUUAUCCAACAUGAAUUUAUCGGUGAUGUCAAGUGGGUUCAACAAUCGCGAGAUCAGUUUCGACGAUUCCACGGAGAGAUUCAUCAUCCCACUAGAAGGGAAAGAGCCCUUCGAGGGACGGCGCAUACUUUUCACUAUAUCGAAUUGUAUCAAUGGCGAAAUAUCCAAAGUGAGAAAUUACGUUCAAGAAUCAGCCGACAAAUCUAUUUUCCUUCAUGGGCGACAUUAUCACGGAGAUACAUGUCUCAUUAUGGCUUCUCGAGAGAAAACAUCAGCCAUGGUCUCCCUGCUUCUUGAAUUUGGCGCUGAAGUUAAUGCAAUGAACAAGAACGGGCGGACUGCGCUUAUGGAGGCAUGCCUUUGGGGUGGACUGGAGUCCGUAAAGAUACUUCUUUCUAGGGGCGCCGAUCGAUCAUUGCGUGAUAGCAGAAAUCAACGAGCCCUAAAUCUUACUGAACCAACUCGCAAGAACCACAAAGAAUAA